AUGGUUGAGACUCGUCAACAGGAACGAUCGAUGGCUGAACAGCUCGAAGAGAUGCGUCUCGCUCAAGCUAAACAGUCUGCAGAUCUCAAAACCUGCUCUGAUUCGUGGGACGCACGUUUCACCAAACUGGAGACCACGAUCUUCACGUACUUUUCUCAGAUGUCGGCUCCUGGAAAACAACCCAUGGAAGGUUCCUACUCAGGAGACCCACACUCUGGUGACUCGAGCCGCCCUCCUGAUCCUCCAGAUCCAGCGCAUACAUACCGUCAACGCGCCGAUCUGAACACCUACGGUCAGGAUCGCUCUCAUGGUCUCACGUCACGACUCUCUAAGAUCUCAUUUCCACUUUUCGAUGGAUCUGAGCUUCGCGACCGAAUCUACCAGUGUGAUCUCUUCUUCGGAAUGGAUAACACUCCUCCUGAGCAGCGCGUUCGCCUCGCUGCGAUGCAUCUACGUGGCAAAGCUCUUCAGUGGCACUACAACUUCAUGACUGAAAGGUUUGGAAUCUAUCCUUCCUGGACCGACUACAUAGUCGCGAUCUCCAGCCGUUUCAGUACUCUGUUUGAUGAUCCUUUAGCUGAACUUGUGGCUCUCAAGCAAGGAUCUGACGACGUUGAGACGUUUCUGGAUAAGUUUGAAAACGCUAAAACCAGAAUCGUUCUUCCAGAGGCUCAUGCUCUCAGCAUAUUCCUCACAAACUUGCACCAGCAUCUAGCGCUUCAUGUCCGUCAGUUCGAGCCCACCACACUUGCAGCUGCUGCAAAGAUCGCUAAACUUCAUGAAUCUGCCUUAGCCCAAACACCUAUAAAAAACCACAGAGCUCCCUUCAAUCCUAAUCACAAACCAAACUCCUUUACCCCUUACAAACCUAAAGAAACCACUCCCCUUUUACCCAACCCUGACCCAAAAACCCAAAACACCAAACCCACUUUCAUUCCCCGUUCCAAUACCGAUACCCAAGCCCGCAAAUAUACCUACCAAGAAAUGCAGGACCGUCACGCUAAGGGUCUCUGCAUGUUCUGCGACGAACCUUUCACCCCUGGUCACCAAAUGAAACACAAUCGAUCACAUAUCUAUGUCAUGGAGGGAGAUAAUGAUGACUCUGAUGAUGAGGAUCAACUCCAAACGGCAGAGAUUACAGCAGAAGAUCUUGACAACACCACUCCCACCGUAUCAGUGAACGCUCUCAGCGGCUCUGCAAGCUUUAACUGUAUGCGUGUGGUUGGUCAGUAUGGCAAGAAGAAGCUUCACAUCCUCAUUGAUCUCGGAAGUACUCAUAACUUCCUUGAUGUCAAUGUCGCCAACGCCUUGGGGUGCAAGCUAGAACCUCUGGCGCCUAUGACCGUUGCUGCUUCUAAUGGAUGUGAUCUCACCACUAAGUUCAAGUGUAGCAAGUUCUCUUGGACUGUUCAAGGUUAUACCUUUACAACGGAGAUCCCCCCUAUUCCCCUACACUGUGGUGAACUUGUCCUUGGAGUCCAAUGGUUGUGCACUCUAGGACCUAUACUAUGGGAUUUCUUAAACCUACGUAUGGAGUUCCAGUUCCAAGGAAUCAAACAUGUCUUACGAGCAGUGCCGUGCGAAGGAGUUUGGGGGCCUGAGGCACGGCUCUGCUUACGAGGUGUCUCUAAGUCGGGUUACAAAGUGAUUAAUGGAGGUAACUUCAACAAACUACUCCUCCAGCAACCACAAAUUGCCCUUCUUCGAAUCAGAGAGAUUGACAACUCUUCUGACGACAAUACUCUCAGCGACGACGCCUCCCUUUCAUUCAUUGCUGCGGAGCAAACCGACCUCUCCAACGAUCCUAUUCUGCAACAACUACUUCAGUCGUUUGCAGACAUCUUCGAGGAACCAGUUGGUUUGCCCCCAUUUAGGGAAGGCUUUGAUCACCGUGUUCCACUGGAAACAGGAGCUAACCCAGUGAACCUACGCCCCUACCGAUACUCCUCCUUACAAAAGGAUGCUAUCGACAGCAUGAUCAAAGAUAUGCUCGCUCAAGGUACCAUACAGUGUAGCUCCAGUCCCUACGCUUCACCUAUCGUCUUGGUCAAAAAGAAAGACGGUACUUGGCAUCUUUCCGUGGACUACCGUGGCCUCAACAAGCAGACAAUCAAGGACAAGUACCCUAUUCCCCUUCUCGAAGACCUUCUCGAUGAACUGGGUGGUGCUUGCUUCUUUUCAAAGCUUGAUCUGCGUGCUGGAUUCCAUCAAAUCCGUAUGACACCUGAUGAUGUAUACAAGACUGCCUUCAAGACUCAUUCAGGCCAUUACGAGUACCUCGUGAUGCCUUUUGGGCUCUCUAACGCACCUUGCACAUUUCAAGGAUUGAUGAACCACAUUUUUCAGGAGAUUUCACGCAAGUUCCUACUGGUCUUAUUUGACGAUAUCCUCGUCUACAUCAACACUUGGGAAGAACACUUGCAACAUCUCCAUGAAGUCUUUGCUAUCCUACGCCAACAGCAGAUGUAUCUCAAGCCCUCUAAGUGUACCUUUGGCGCCACUUCUAUCGAGUACUUGGGCCAUAUUAUCUCUGCUGCUGGUGUCAGCACUGACCCUAAGAAGAUCGCAGAUAUCUGCAAGUGGCCAACUCCAUCUUCGCAUAAGCAGCUCUGA